AUGGAAGAAAUCGGAAGAUGGUAUUCGAAAGAAGACGAAAUAAAAUUGGAAGUUUGUCCUGAAAUUAUGACAAACAUUCGUUGUGGUGGUGCGCAAAACGAAGAUGACGAUAACGAAGCAGCGAAGAAAGCUGCAGAAGAGAGAACACGUAAGAAAGCGGAGGUACGUAAACGUCUGGAAGAGGCCAAUCGUGCCAAAAAAGCCAAGAAAGGCUUCCUUACGCCGGAAAGAAAGAAGAAACUACGUAAAUUACUAAUGAUAAAAGCGGCAGAAGACUUAAAGCAACAACAUAUGCUAAGAGAACAGGAAAGACAACAUGUCUUACAGGAACGUAUCUUACCUUUACCAGAUUUGGAUAACAUUCCGGAUGGUUUGCUAUUUUACAUUCUGUAG